GGUACUUGUGGGAAUGAAAGCAUAGUUCUAUUGGUAAGCAGAACUGCCAACGUGCCAACGAUUCUUCUAUAUAUUGUUCUAUUUCCUCUUCCUUUCUCGUCUACCCUUUGCGCAAAUACAAAUUCAAGUUAUAAAUCUCAAUCUCACACUUAGCAAGAUCCUCCUUAUCCAACAUGUCGAUUCUCCUCACCGGCGGCAGCGGUAAGACGGCUACACGAGUCGCGGCAUUGCUCGCCGAGGACAGGAAGCCCUUUCUCCUAGGCUCGCGUCAAGGAUCUGAUGCUGUGUCAAAUGGUUAUCCCACCGUCAAAUUUGACAUGAGCGAUGAGUCGACCUGGACGAAGCCAUUCGAAAGCACACAUAUUAAGGCCGUCUACAUGAUGGAGCCCCGGAUUAGCCAGCCUUGGGUGCCCAUGAAUAAGUUCGUAGAUUUUGCUAAGAACCAAGGCGUUAAUCGUUUCGUUCUAUGUGCUGGAACCUCGGCCACAAUUGGCAAGGAUGGAAUGGGCAGAGUUUGGGAGCAUCUCAUCAAGUCUGAUGUCGAGUACUGUGUGCUUCGCCCGUCUUGGUUCAUGGAGAACUUGCUUGAACCGGGUCUUGCAUUUACAAUUGGCAAGCUGAACAAGAUCUUCACCGCCGCUCAAGAUGGAAAGAUCCCCUUUAUCAGUGCGGAUGACAUUGCCGAGGUGGCCUAUCACGCCCUGGCGGACGAGAAGUCCUAUAACUGUGACCUCAGGAUACUCGGGCCUGAGAACCUUACUUACGAUCAGAUUGCCGAGACGCUUUCCAAAGUUCUCGGGCGCAAGAUCGAGCACGUGAAGCUCGACGAAGCCAGCCGGAUUGACGGCCUGGUCCAAGCUGGUCUGUCGGACUAUUUCGCUCGAUUUUUGACUAAUCUAGAGGUCUUAGCUUCGCAAGACUUUGAGAAGGGGACAUCUGAUGUCGUCAAAAGGGUGACAGGACACUCCCCACAAAGUUUCGAGAAGUUCGCUGAGGACAACAAGGCUGUCUGGUCAUCGAACUAGAUUCCUUGGUAAAUUGUCAAGUGUAAAAUUAAAUAAUGAACACUCCUAUUCCGAUAGAUUCAUGAAAUCACCUCCACUCCGCUCUUGUUAAUAAGUAUAUCUGUUAAUAAUCUACUUGAGAAUGUUCUGGAAGCAGACAUAAAAACUUUGUACAUUGUUUAUGGGAACAGUAGUUCCAAAGAAUGGAAGCCUAUU